GGGCCGAUCCGAGCACCUACGAGAUGAUGCAGAAGGUCAAGACCCUCCAGAAGCGGCUGAUCUCCAAGACGGAGGAAGCUGUGGAGAAGGAUUUGGCCAUCCAGGAGAAGGAGAAGUUGUACUUGGAGAUGAGGAAUCUCCUCGACAAGCAGCCGAGCUCCGAAGUCGUCGAGGAGGUUGGCAAGCAGCAGAACAACCUCAAGGAGAAGACGAAGCAGAUGAAGGCCAUGGCCGCCGAGCUGAACAUGUACCACGCGCAGCUGAGCGACUACAAGGAGGAGAUCGAGCGCGUCACGAAGGAGCUGCAGGACACCAAGCGGAGGUACUUCGAGCAGAGACAUCGCGAACAGCUGCUCAAGGACACCUCCCGUCCCGACAAGCAGCAGUCGCAGCAGGUUCGGUGA